ACCAUGACCAGCGAUCCAGGACUCUCAAAUGUCAUAUUUUUUCCGUCAAAUACAUCAGUUCAACAAGAACUCCUGUCAAACUUGUCAGUAUUUAACUCUACAAAUAUAAACAGCACGAUUUACCAGCCUGUCAAAGAGCAACAAGACUACAUCUUCGACAAGAUCUACAUCAGAGCAAUCUUCAUCACCCUGUAUACUAUAGUGUUUGCUCUAUGCUUUUUCGGAAAUCUGCUUGUGAUCCUCGUAGUCACGAUGAGCAGGAGACUAAGAUCCAUCACCAACUUUUUCCUGGCGAAUUUAGCAGUAGCUGACUUCUGCGUGGCCAUUUUCUGCGUCUACCAAAACUUGCUUAUCUACAUUGUUGAAAACUGGGUUUUAGGAGAUUUCCUCUGCAAAAUGUACAUGUUUAUACAGUCCUUAUCCAGCACGGCGAGUAUAUUUAUUCUGGUUGUCAUCUGUACCGAGAGAUAUUUCGCCAUUUUGUAUCCCAUCACUUGCAAGCAGAUACUCACUUCGAUAAGAUUAAAGUUGAUAAUUUGUGGUGUAUGGUCCAUAUGCAUCAUAUACAGCACUCCCAAAUUCUAUUGGGGAAAUACCGUCACGGUAGGCACCGACUCAAAUGAGGAGACAGUGUGUGUCUUGAACAGACAGCUCUACAAUUCAGAAGUGUUCGACAUGGUCCAUUUCGUACUCUUUUACGUACUACCUUUAGGAGUAAUGUCGCAUCUGUACACCCGUAUAGCUGUAUGCUUGUGGAACAGUUCUCAGCAGCUCAAAAAACAACUAGAUGCUUCAUCGAAUUCAGGUCAAUAUCAAGCUAUUUAUCACAAACCAUCCACAAGACAGAGGAGCGAUAGGUCAAUAACCUCUAAUGGAGCAUCGCUUCAAACAACUUUACCCGCCUCAGUAGUGGCAAAACAGCAACUUCAAACCAGGAAUUCGAACAACUCUUAUCAAGCAGUGUCGACCGGUGGCAGUCCAACGUGCAGCGAGAAUGUCUUAAGGGCCCGAAAAGGAGUUAUCAGGAUGCUUAUUGUCGUGGUUGUGGCUUUCGCUUUGUGCAACUUGCCCUUUCACGCCCGCAAAAUGUGGCAAUACUGGUCGACCAACUACCACGGCAACACCAACUUCAGCGCCAUUUUUACUCCGCUAACUUUUCUCUGUACCUACUUCAACUCGGGCGUAAACCCUUUGCUUUACGCUUUCCUCUCCAAGAAUUUCAGAAGAGGUAUGCGUGAGAUACUGUUUUGUUCUUUGCAACGCAAAAAAAGACGAUCGUCGACACGUCACAGGGUGAGCACUAGAAAGCCUGACGGUUUUUUUCAUAGGCAAAGUAGCACAAGGUCAACGCUCAAGGGCAACAACGUCACCACGGUGACAGUUGUUCAGGAAUGUAGUUCAGAUGAAGUGUGACACUUUUGCAACUGUUUCUGACAGUAUCAAUUUGUGACAACUACAAAUGUUUAGGAUAGGAUUUUUUUUUUAUUUUUGAUGUGUAUAUAUUCUGUACAGUGUACAGCUCAGUGUGAUUUACAUGUGAACUAUAAAUUGUUUUGUCUUUAAAGGAGUGUUGGUAGUUACAAGGAAACCAAAUCAACAUAUUUGCAGUAUUCUUUAAAGUAGAUAUUUAUUUCAAUAAACAAACUAUUUUUUUUUUGGGGGCUAAUCAAUAAUAAUAAUAAGGGUUGUCUAUAAAUAUUUCGUUCUUCUAGUGACCCGAAGAUAGUUAAACUCAGAUUUAGGCUGUAUACCAUGAUAUAAAAAGUUAUAUCUAUCUAUCUGUUUGGUCCAAAUCCAAAAAAAAAACAACUUUAGAUUUCUAUGGAGUAUAUAACAUUCUAUAGAUCAUAUUACUAUUCAAUUGAUUUUUUAUAAAUGGAUAAUGUUAAACUUUCAAUCAACAACAGCGAAAUGCUGCAGUGAAUUUAAGAUGGUGUAGUGUUUUUGUUAUUUUCUAAAUACUAACAUAUUCUUGUUAUAAUACAAUUUAUUUGGCUAGGAUUGUAAUUUUUUAGCGCCAGAUUUUUUAACUUUGAUUGUUAUUGUUAGUUAUGGUUGUCCUCAAAAAUAAUUCAUAUUAUUUACAUUAAAAAAGCUGCAUAACACCGAUAAAGAUACCGUAUAAUCCCCAUUUACCAGGGCCGGAUUUGUUCUGUAUCUCUGUCUGUAAACGUCUAAAUAUUUAUUGCUCUACAGAUGUUAUUUUUAAAAUAGAAUUGAACAUUAUUUUCAUUAUUAUAAUUGUAUAAUAACUUAACUAACAAAUUCUUGUAACUACAGAUAUAGUACCAUACGACCGAAAAAAUCGACGUCAUAGACGGCUGGGGAUUGAUAAUCGAUCAUAAUUUUAGCGAACAUGUCAUUUACUGGCUCCGUACUUUUCUUUAUUUAUUAGUUGGCAUAUAGAAGGUUGUAAUUUAUUUGUAUAAUGAGUAAAAAAAAGUUUUUAGUAAACGACGUCUAGAGAUUGACGUCGUCAAAAUUACAAUCGAUUGUCAUUUCACAGCCGUCUUGACGCCGUUUUUUUUCGAUCAUGCGGUUUUUUUAAGACAGAACUAAAUAGUUAAAAGUAUUAUACCUGUUUGUAUCUAAUAACAAACAUUAAUGUGAGCGUUUCUCAAUGUUACUUGUAGUUAAUUACUCUUAAUUUAUUUGUACAUAAUUUUCUUAAUGAUUAAGCACUACACGACUUACUUCUGUAACUAGAUAGAUAUUUGUAAAUAGAUGUUUAUAAAUCCUAAGUAUAUAUUUGUGAUACCUUGAUGUGAAGAAAAAAUCUGUUAGAAUUUCUAUGUAAAAAAACAUUUGUCAUGCCAAUUACUAAUAAUUGAUUUCAAAAUUUAUUAUUGAUUUAGGUAAACUAAGUUACAAUUGUAUUUUUUAUUGUUAUUAGUAGCCUGAAAUGUUUAUUAGGGUUUAAUGAUGAGUCUGAAUGUUUAAGAAAAAUAUUAAAGACGUUCUUUUCUACA